AUGAGUGAUCGAGGGAGGGCCAACUUCGCCCGAGGGCGAGAACAGCAUCAGGGGCCGCCCAAACCACCUUCCCCGGUUCAGACCAUUCAAAUGAUCAUAAGAGGAGGCGACGAUGCAUCUAUCAACAACGUGAAGUUCACCACCACUCACAAGAUCAAACGGUCAAUCAGCCACGAAACGUAUGACGAACUCGAAGAAAGUAUCAUCUUCGAUAAGUCGGAUACCCACGGUUUGGUCUUUCCUCACUAUGACGCCCUUGUCAUUACUUUACGUGUUCUUGAUACUGAUAUAAGAUGUAUCAUGGUCGAUGAUGGAAGCGGCGCGUGCAUCAUCCAUCCUCGAGUUCUCACCCAAAUGAAACUCGAGGACAUGAUAGUGCCACGUUGCAUCACACUAACAGGUUUUGACAAUGCAGUUGAGCGGACAUCUGGAGAAAUCACGCUGUCCGUCUUGGCCGGCGGCGUCACCUUGGAGAACAUGUUCUACAUCAUGGACUAG